UUGUAACAGACAGAAAGUAUAAAGUGCUUUAAUGUCUAAAUGGUCAAACAAAUAUGCGUGGAAAUAUCCUCAAAUAAAAGUCACUUCACCAAACCCAACCAGGACUUCACCUUCUACUGCUGCAAAUCAUGAAGACAUCUCUGGUCCUCCUUGCCCUCGGUCUGCUGGCUUGUUCAGUCCAUGGGCAAGAAGAGGUUGACACUGAUAAUGACCACAAGGAAGUAGAACAUCUGAAUACCACCAAGCCAUCUACAGAUUUGCGAAAGGACUUUGAUGACGACCUUGAGUGGCAAGAGCUAUCAUGGAGUCCAUUAUGCGGGCUGUGUAAGGAACUGCUGACCUUAGUGAAGAAGGCUCUCUCCAGUCACCCUACAAAGGAGGAGAUAAAGCUGGCACUAUUGGUCGCYUGCGAUGCACUGGGACCCGCUAGCCCCGUGUGUAUGUCUAUGGUCAAUAUGUGGWUGGAUGUGUUGAUUGACGAGCUUCUCAAACACAUUAAAGUGAGGCCCAUCUGCGUUAAGAUWCACGCCUGCAAACCAAAGAACGUUUUGGAUUGGAGAAACCGCCAGAAUAUGGAAAAACAGUCGGAUAACUUAACAGAUGCCAGCACGUUAACACAACAACCUUUCAAGAUGCCAACAUGCUGGGUGUGUAAGACCCUGCAGACCAUCGUGAAGAAAGUGAUCACCAGUUGUCCCUCCAGCAGGGACGACAUAAAGCUGGAACUAAKAAUGGCAUGCGAUGAACUGGGCCCCCUUAGCCCGGUGUGUAAAGACAUGGCGGAAACAUCCUUUGAGGUGCUGCUUAAGGAGUUUACCUGCAGCCAUCACAAGAACAACCUGAAUUAAGAUUCAAGCCUGCAAACCAAAUUCAGUGUUUGGGACCUGAGCUACUGAUCAAGCAGCCAGUAUCCAGAUUCCAACGUGAGAAGA